AUGGCUUCGCGUGACGGCGGAGAGGAGCUGUCGGGCGCUGGUGGCUCCCAGUGCCUUGGGGACGCUGCUGAGCACCAGGGCUGGCUGCUGCCACCAUGGGGCGUCCCCAGAGGUGACAUCCGGAGGGUCUGUGCAGCCCCCGGCCUUGCGGUGCCGCCCCGCGGAGCUCUCCAUAACGUGGACAGCAAAAGGAGCGGGCGAAGGGUGAGCGGCGCCCGGGAGACGCUCGUGCUGCCAGCCGGGAUAAACCCGGGACACACCAGAGAUGGGAUUCACCCAUGGAGCGGCCGGGCCGCGACGCCGGGCCGGAGAGAUGGGGCGUCUCCGAAUGCCAACGCGCCCCCCGAGGAGCCCUUCCCCUGGGUGGGCCCCAAGACGGUGGCGCUGCGGAAGAGCCCCCAGGGUGGCUUCGGCUUCACCCUGCGCCACUUCAUCGUGUACCCGCCCGAAGCGGCCGUGCACUCGGCCGCCAAGGAGGAGGAGAACGGCAACCGAGCGGCAGGUCCCCCUCGGAGCCGCCUGGAGCCUAUGGACACCAUCUUCGUGAAGAGCGUGCGGGAGGACGGGCCGGCGCACCAGGCCGGGCUGCGCACAGGAGAUCGUCUGGUUAAGGUGAACGGGGAGAGCAUCAUUGGGAAAACCUACUCGCAGGUCAUCGCCCUCAUCCAGAACAGUGACGAUGUGCUGGAGCUCUCCAUCAUGCCCAAGGACGAGGACAUCCUGCAGCUGGGCUCGGAUUCCCUGUCAAGGAAUGCCUGGGCCAGCAUGGGCUUUGCUGACGAACCCACCAGCCCCAGCAUCGACCUGAAGGCCAAGCACGUGCCCGCCUCCUCGGUGGUCUCCAGCGCCAUGAACUCGGCGCCCGCCGUCAGCACCAGCCCCUCCUCGCCCACCUUCGCCUUCGCCCUGAACCGCCACUACUCCCAGGACUGCAGCAGCAUCAAGGCCAGCCGCCGCUCCUCCUACCUGCUGGCCAUAACGACCGAGCGCUCCAAGUCGUGCGACGACGGCCUGAACACCUUCCGCGACGAGGGCAAGAUCCUGAGGAGGCUGCCGAGCCGGGUCCCCAGCCUGCGGAUGCUCAGGAGCUUCUUCACCGACGGGUCCCUGGACAGCCUCGGUACGUCCGAGGAGACCCGCUCCAAAAGGCACUCCGCUUGCGACCUCUCGGACGUGCCCUUCAGCGACGUGCGCAGAGAGGGCUGGCUCCACUACAAGCAGAUCCUCACCAAAAAGGGGAAGAAAGUCGGCGGCGGCAUGCGGCAGUGGAAGCGGGUCUUCGCCGUGCUGCGCGCCCGCUCGCUUUCCCUGUGCAAGGACAGGCGGGAGGCGGUGACCUGCGCCCCACCGGCCCCAGGGGAGGAGGAGCCGCCGAUCAGCAUCCGAGCGUGCCUGGUGGACAUUUCCUACAGCGAGACCAAGAGGAAGCACGUCUUCCGCCUGACGACCGCUGACUUCUGUGAAUAUCUCUUUCAGGCAGAGGAUCGGGAAGACAUGCUGGCCUGGAUCAAAGUCAUCAGGGAGAACGGCAAGGCCGAGGGCGAGGACCCCAGCUUUGCCAGCCAAGCGCUAAUCAACAAGAAGUUAAACGACUACCGCAAAGUGAGGUACGGAGCGGGGCCGAGCGCGGGGCUGGCGCUGCGUCCCCCGACGGGAACCAGCGCGCCCCGGUCCCCGAGGCAGGACGCGGCCGUCACAAAAGAUGAGAGCAGCUCCCAGAAAGCCCCUUGGGGCAUCAACAUCAUGAAGAAGAACAAGAAAUCUGCCCCUCGAGCCUUUGGUGUGAGGCUGGAGGACUGUCAGCCCGCUCCAGACAACAAGAACGUCCCGCUCAUCGUCGAAGCCUGCUGCAAGGUAGUGGAGGACAGAGGCCUGGAGUACAUGGGCAUCUACCGGGUGCCCGGGAACAACGCCGUGGUGUCCAGCCUGCAGGAGCAGCUCAACAAGGGCGCCACCGAGAUCAACCUGCAGGACGAGCGGUGGCAGGACCUGAACGUCAUCAGCAGCCUGCUCAAGUCCUUCUUCCGAAAGCUGCCCGAGCCCCUCUUCACGGACGAUAAAUACAACGACUUCAUCGAGGCCAACCGCAUCGAGGACGCCAGCGAGCGCAUGCGCACCCUGCGCAAACUGAUCCGGGACUUGCCUGGUCACUACUACGAGACGCUCAAGUUCCUGGUGGGCCACCUGAAGACCAUCGCGGACCACUCGGAGAAGAACAAGAUGGAGCCCCGCAACCUGGCGCUCGUGUUCGGCCCCACGCUCGUGCGCACCUCCGAGGACAACAUGACCGACAUGGUGACGCACAUGCCCGACCGCUACAAAAUCGUGGAGACCCUCAUCCAGCACGCCGACUGGUUCUUCAGUGACAAGGAGGACAAGGGCGAGAAGACCCCCGUGGACGAGAAGGAGGCUCCAUCCGUGCCCAACAUCGAGUACCUGCUGCCCAACAUUGGCAGGACACUCGACCCACAGCGGCUCCACAAAGCUGAAGCCCCAUCACCUGGGUCCUUCCCUCCGGGUUUGGUGACAGUGGCCCCAGAGGCAGCGCAGGGCCCCGGGCACCCACAGCGAGAGCCGCGGGAUGGGAAGUCCCACGUCCUCGGCCCCGCGUCGUCCCACGUGUUAUGCAAAUAUUUGCUGUAA